AUGGCACCUCCUAUCGCCACCAUCCCGUCCCUCGAGACGGCGCGAGAUGUGAUCUCGAAGUCGAAGAACUCGGAAUUUCCUCCCAACCUACUUCCUGUCACAGCAACAAUUGCUGCCGACCUCUUGACCCCGACCUUGGCUUAUUUAAAAAUUGCAGAGAACUCGCGUUUGUCAUUUUUGUAUGAAAGUGCCGCCACUACAGAGACGAUUGGACGAUACAGCUUCGUUGGCGCAGACCCUAGGAAAGUCAUCAAGACCGGCGAAGGCCAUGGACCCGCAGCAGACCCCCUCCCAUACCUCGAGGAGGAGCUCUCCCAGUUCCGCGUCGCGACAGUCCCUGGAUUAGUCCUCCCGCCAUUGACCGCCGGAGCGAUCGGAUAUGUUGGAUACGACUGUGUUAGAUAUUUCGAGCCUAAGACGGCACGACCCAUGAAGGAUGUCCUCGGAGUGCCAGAAGCGUUCUUUAUGCUUUUCGACACCAUUAUCGCAUUCGAUCAUUUCUUCCAGGUCGUGAAGGUCAUUACCUACGUCCCUAUUCCCUCGGCCGAUGCCGAUCUCGAGGCUUCAUACCUCCAGGGCCAGUCCAUCAUCCAAAAAACCAUCAAUACCCUCCUCCAGGAACGCACGCCUAUGCCCCCACAAGGUCCGAUCAUUCCGAACCAACAGUAUACAUCCAACAUUGGACAGGAGGGUUAUGAAGGCCACGUCCACAAAUUGAAGGAGCACAUCGCCAAGGGCGAUAUUUUCCAGACUGUGCCAUCACAGAGGUUAUCACGACCCACCUCCCUUCACCCAUACAACCUCUUCCGUCACCUUCGCACCGUCAAUCCCUCUCCUUACCUUUUCUAUAUCGACUGCCAAGACUUCCAGCUUGUCGGAGCCAGUCCCGAGCUCCUUGUCAAGGAGGAGAAUGGCCGAAUCAUCAGCCACCCCAUCGCCGGCACAGUGAAGCGCGGCAAGACCCCAGAGGAGGACGCCGCCCUGGCCGAAGAGCUCCGCAGCAGUCUCAAGGACCGCGCCGAGCACGUCAUGCUGGUCGAUCUCGCCCGCAACGACGUGAACCGUGUCUGCGACCCCACCACAACGCAGGUCGACCGUCUCAUGGUCGUGGAGAGAUUCUCACACGUGCAGCACCUGGUAUCUCAAGUCUCCGGAGAAUUGCGGCCAGGAAUGACCCGCUUCGAUGCGUUCCGGUCCAUCUUCCCCGCUGGCACCGUAUCCGGUGCACCCAAGGUGCGCGCCAUGCAGCUCAUUGCCGAGUUGGAGGGCGAGAAGCGUGGUGUCUACGCUGGCGCUGUUGGAUACUUUGGAUACAACCGUGCCAAUACCGACGGUUCCGCUGAGAUGCCCGGUGCCAUGGACACCUGUAUUGCGCUGCGCACUAUGAUGGUCAAGGACGGCGUGGCUUACCUCCAGGCCGGUGGUGGUAUUGUGUUUGAUUCGGAUCCCUAUGAUGAGUAUGUCGAGACGCUAAACAAGCUUGGUGCCAACAUUUCGUGCAUCAAGGGCGCUGAGGAGAAGUAUAUGAGCAUGGAGCAGUAA